ACAGUAGAUGGGUGUUGACGGUCGUCAUUCCUCUCACGGUGUCCACCGAAGCCUCGCAGCUACCACCACACAAUCCUCUUUUAGCCGCACCAUUCGCUCACACGCACCAGACAUUAAUUACACUGCAUCCUAGUACCUACCUACCAUAUGAAGCGCUGACUCAUAGACCCACAGACAGACAAAUAUGUACACCGACGGGUGGUCACCAAAAGACCCACCCAUCCAUCCAUCCAUCCAUUCACCAUGCCAUGCAGCUUCUCGCCAUCUCAGCAUGGAGGGACGGAUCAUAACUCAUCAUUGUGACCGCCCUCGUCCGGCAGCUGCUCGUCAGGGUGCUGGAGAGAGAGGACGGCCGGGGAGGCGGCAGGCCGCAAUGCAGACUGAACGGACGCACGAAGGACAACACACACGAAGAGCGUGAGCGAUAGGGUGAGCGGCGAAUGAGUUAGUUGUUGGGUUGUUUGCACACCUGUACAGUUUGCAGCGCCGCCUCGAGUGCGAUCCAGGACAGAUAAUUCGUCGACCCACCCGCUGCAACGGCCUGCGACCUGCACACACACAGAUCCACAGAUGCACACAGACACAAGCGAUUCAAUCGCGUGCAGUGUGUCCAUCGAUGCUCGCUGACCUCGGCCUCAGCUGUGGCGGCAGCUUGGCCACAUCGAAUGUGGUGUGAGGGUCGAUGCUGAGGACGAACAUGAGCCCCGUGAGGAAGUCGCUGACGACUUGCACCAGGUUGCCCCACACACGCGCCUCGUCAUCGACGUCCUGGCUGCUCACUUCGCCCAGCAGCACACGGCCGGAGGGAUGGGAGAAGUUCCUGCUCAACAGAUACCGCUGAGGGGAAGCCACACACGUGGGCACACACAGAGAGGCGCGUGUGCGUGUGGUAGAUGCAUGGAUGGAUGGAUGAAUGGAUGGAUGGAUGGUGUCUUAGUUACCUGGAAGUUGUCAGUCCUGAUAGCCUUGGGCAUGCUCUCCGUCCACUGGUCGAACAAGUGUGCCAUCUCCCCCUCCUUGCUCCAGUCCACCUUGCCCUGCCCAGCGCCUCUGACAGGCUUGAGCGUGCCCCUGUUGGUGCGGUAGAAGUCCAGCCAGAAGAGGCACAGCAGCCGGGAAAGAUUGAACAUUUCAACUGCAGCGCACAGGUCGCAUGGCAGAUACCGGUGUGUGUGCGUACACGCCUUGCUUGGCUUACUUACUGAGAGCGAACAGGUUGGACCUCCAGCCCUUCACCGUUCGGGCGAACUCCCUGUCGUCCAUUCUCUUGACGUCAUCCGGCCAUGGGUUCACAUCCAGCCAGAAGGUCUCGUUGCCCAGGGGGUACUGGGGGAAAGACAGACGAGGGCCGUCAACACCCUUCCUCUAAGAACACACAUACAAACCACACACGACAAAUGGCCCCAACACACGGAUACACACAUCCACUGUCCCAUCUCACCUGUAUGAGGACCAUCAUGUUGCUGCCCAGCACGGUGCGAUAGUCCUCAAACCGGUCGAUCGCCUUGUCAUCGCCAUAGAGCAGCGUCGCAUUGCCGGCAAAGUCGGGCCAUUUGGCCGGGGUGGGGGGCGGGGUGGGCUGGCCGUCACUGACGAACGUGAAUGGCGUGUCGAGGAUGGAGCCGUGGGAGUAGUGCAGGAGAGGGAAGCCCUCCUCGGCGCCGACCUGCAUGUGUGGCGUGGCAGGGCGAGAGACGCUACCAUUGCAUCUGUGUGUGCGUGGCUGUCCUCACUUCAGCGAGGUCGGUCAUAUCGACGUCGACCGUGAGGUCGGCCGCGCCGGGGCAGGCGUAAGGAGAGUCCUGACAGCUCUCGGACUUGCUGUAUGUCCUGCAGACACACUCAUGCACACACACGUCCAUCACUCAACGCGUUCGUUCUUGUGCCGUCGUGUGUGGACUCGCUUGCCUGAAGAGUUUGUUCUCGUACGAGAGAAGGUGGAAGGUGUGUCCGUCAAAGCCGUAGUCGACGUGGAUGGCGUAGCCCCGAUCCAACACGGCACUCGCCACCUACAAGUGUCCACACACAAGCGCAAGAACGGAUAUACGCCAGCCAAUCCACACCGCGCCACGCACCUUCAUGAAGUCUCGUAUCCUCAGGUUGGCGUAGGUCGUCACGGGCCGCCCGCCAGCCCGCAUCGACGUCUCCCUCAGCCUCUUCUUUGACCGAACCAGCCACCGAGCCAGCUCUGGCGGCCGAUGUGCUGACCAAACACACACACAAAGCAGGAGCAAGGUGGUCUGUGUGUGUGUGCGUGUGUGUGUGUGUGAGUGUGUUGACCUGGGUCUGUGUGGAAGUAGACCUCGACCGUGUGGACGCUUCGAAUGAAUGUCGACUCGAUGGGGUCUGUGCCGCCCUCCGUCCCCCACCUGCCGCGGCCACGGGCAAUGGCGUCGCGAAGGUGCCCAUACGACGACCUGAUCGAUCGACACACAUCUGUGAUGUACAUGAGUCAGUCGUAUCUGUCUGUAUGUUUGUCGGUACCUUGAGAGAACGACAUGGUCGUCUGGGGCAGGGAAGGGCUGCCGGGCGUUGAGUGCUUUCUUGAGCCAAUCAGAGUCCUCAUAAACAAGCUGCCGAAGAGCCGGCACCUACACACAGCGGACAAGAAACCCCCCUCCAUCCAUCCAGUACGCACACACACGCGCCAUCGCGCGCACCUCGUCCUUCACGCUCGCCUUGCCCAACGACUUCAGCACGUGAUCGAGAGGCUUCUUGCGGAUCACCAUGACCAGAUAGCACAGCUCCACGCGAACACUGUCGGCCCCCUUGGCCGAUGCAGUGAGCCACGACAGCCACGAAAACGACUGCGAGGGGAAGGGGGGGAACGACACGCGGACCUUGGUGUACUCGAAGGCGUCGACCAGCUCGUUGGUCACGACUAUGCCCGUGACGGGCCUGCUUCCAUCGGCAACCUGCACAAACACUCAUGUCGGGACAUCUAUGCGACACACGCAGAAUUUGUUUCUCACCUCUGAUUCUGCAUCGAUGGCUGUUUCCCGCAUCCAGUCAUGGCUCAUGAAGGGCGUGACGUUCCUCGCGUCAAGCGGUGCGUGUGCGGUGAACCGGCCGCCGUCCACAUGCAGGGUGUUCUUGAGCAGCGACUGAGAGGCCAGCCCUUUGUUGACCUGCAGGUGCCAUUGGUGACAUCAAAAAAUGGAUGUGUGGAUGGAUGGAUGGAUGGAUGAGUCACCUCUAUUGCGUGGUAGCGGACGAUGUCGUACAUCUGCGGGUGGACCUCGUGCAGCCGCCUCAGUAUGCUCUCAGCCAGCACGCCCCUGGACACACACACAGACACAGGGGAGGCAUGCUUUUCCCUUGGUCUGUGUGUGGAUGGGAUGGCUGAGUCACUUGUUGGCUCCAAAUUCGAAUAUGUGGAAGUGCUCUCUUGGACCGUCGGACGCACAGCAAUACCACCACAGCUGAACCAUCCUGACACACAAUCACGUUCACACAAAUUAGAUUAUAUCUUCCUUGAUCUGUUCACCCACCUCCCGACCUGUCUGCGAUGACUGCGCCAAAUCCAGUGUUGAAGAGCACCGGUAUGGUCUGGAAGUCCUCCUGCACACCGCCACGGCUCAACGAAUAGUACCCCCAGGAUGGGGAGAACACCUACACAGACACACACACACACAAGGAGUCACCCAUUGCAACGCAUCUUCUUCCCCAUUUCUGCGUACCGCAUCGAAGUGCAGCCCCGUGAAGUCAUAGAGCCUCUCCAUCAGUCGUGGGUCGUGCGCCAGCCCGAUCCCGUCCCACUGCCGCAGCCACGACGGCAUGGCUGCGACCGAUGCAAGAGCGUGGCCAAGGCAUAACAGCAACAGGACGACUGAGAGCAUGGCUAUCUGCAGAGCAUACACACACGCACACGCAUUGGCAUUGCAGACAGGGAUGCCCAGGCUGCUCAUGAGUGCACUCACCUCUCUGUAUCAUUCCACGAGCGCUUGUAAGCGCAUUCUUUUUGACUGCACGCCUUCUGCUGACAGAUGAAGGCCGUAUCUCUUCAAAUCAAGGAGAUCUGAGGAGG